AUGGCUCGCGACGAAAUGGGCCCGCCUGCCAAAAGGCAGAAGAGCUCAUCGAACCUUCCGCCUCACCUUCGUGAUGCCAGACGCAGAGAAAACGAUACCUGGGAAACCAAUCGCAUGCUCACAUCGGGUGUUGCGCAAAGACGAGACUACGAUAGAGACUUCGCACCAGAUGAUGACGAGGCAACCCGAGUUCAUUUACUAGUCCAUGAUCUUCGACCGCCCUUCCUCGAUGGCCGCACGAUCUUCACCAAGCAGCUGGAGCCUAUUUCAGCCAUUCGGGACCCUCAAAGCGACAUGGCUGUCUUUAGCAGAAAGGGAAGCAAGGUUGUCAGGGACCGACGGCAGCAGCGUGAGCGGCAGAAACAGGCCCAGGAAGCGACGACGAUGGCAGGCACAGCUUUGGGAAAUCUAAUGGGAGUCAAGGAAGACGAGGGCGACAGUGCUGUCGCAGUGCCGGUUGAGGAGGUCUAUAAGGGUGGCGGGAAUAAGUUUGCCAAGCAUUUGAAGAAAGACGGGGGCGGUGCGAGCUCUUUCAGCAAAAGCAAGACCAUGCGCGAGCAGCGAGAAUUCCUCCCUGCAUUUGCAGUGCGCGAGGACCUUCUGCGAGUCAUUCGAGACAACCAAGUUGUGGUUGUUGUGGGCGAAACGGGCUCUGGAAAGACGACUCAGUUAACUCAAUUUCUCCACGAGGACGGUUACUCGAAGCUUGGCAUGAUCGGGUGUACGCAGCCUCGUCGCGUGGCCGCUAUGAGUGUCGCAAAGCGUGUCAGUGAAGAGAUGGAGGUAGACCUUGGCGCAGAGGUUGGCUAUGCAAUUCGCUUUGAAGAUUGCACCAGUGACCAAACAGUGAUCAAAUAUAUGACGGAUGGUGUCCUUCUCCGAGAAUCCUUAGUUCAGACAGAUCUCGAUAAAUACUCCUGCAUUAUCAUGGAUGAGGCACACGAAAGAGCUUUGAACACAGACGUCCUGAUGGGUCUUCUUAAAAAGAUUCUAGCUCGACGCCGGGACCUCAAAUUGAUUGUCACUUCUGCGACAAUGAACGCCGAGCGAUUCUCACGAUUCUACGGUGGUGCCCCGGAGUUUAUCAUUCCUGGCAGAACCUUUCCAGUCGAUGUUCACUUUUCACGCUCUCCCUGUGAGGAUUAUGUCGACAGUGCUGUGAAGCAAGUCCUGGCUAUCCAUGUCUCCCAAGGCCCGGGCGAUAUCCUUGUCUUUAUGACUGGCCAAGAAGAUAUUGAAGCAACUUGUGAACUCGUGGAUGAACGGUUAAAAAUGCUAAAUGACCCCCCAAAGCUAAGCAUAUUGCCAAUCUACAGCCAAAUGCCUGCGGAGCAACAGGCGAAGAUUUUUGAAAAAGCGGCGCCUGGUGUGCGCAAAGUCAUCGUUGCCACCAAUAUCGCAGAAACGAGUCUGACUGUCGAUGGUAUCAUGUAUGUUGUGGACUGUGGCUACUCGAAACUCAAGGUGUACAAUCCUCGAAUGGGCAUGGACACUUUACAGAUUACGCCAAUCUCGCAGGCAAAUGCGAAUCAAAGAUCCGGUCGAGCUGGUCGAACUGGUCCCGGAAAGGCUUAUCGUCUCUAUACCGAAACGGCUUACAAGAAUGAGCUUUACAUUCAGACUAUCCCGGAAAUUCAGCGUACGAGUCUUUCUAAUACUGUGCUGCUCUUGAAAUCUCUUGGUGUUAAGGAUCUCAUGGACUUUGACUUCAUGGAUCCCCCACCCCAAGAGACAAUUUCAACAUCGCUCUUCGAACUGUGGUCUCUCGGGGCGUUGGACAAUCUGGGUGAACUCACCGCACUGGGUCGCCGCAUGACCCCGUUUCCCAUGGACCCUCCUCUUGCUAAGCUUAUCAUAACUGCUUCAGAAGAGUAUGGCUGUAGCGAGGAAAUGCUCACUAUUGUUUCCAUGCUUUCGGUCCCGAGCGUCUUCUACCGUCCCAAAGAACGACAAGAAGAGUCCGAUUCGGCCCGUGAAAAAUUCUUUGUCCCGGAGUCGGAUCAUCUGACUCUGCUACAUGUUUACACUCAAUGGAAGACCAACGGCUAUUCUGAUGGCUGGUGUACCCGUCACUUCCUACACGCAAAAGCCCUCCGGCGUGCUAAGGAGGUCCGGGACCAACUGCACGACAUCAUGACGGUUCAGAAGAUGCCUCUUACCAGCUGUGGUACAGACUGGGACGUCAUUCGCAAGUGUAUCUGCUCCGGCUUCUAUCACCAAGCUGCUCGAGUUAAGGGUAUCGGCGAGUUCAUCAAUCUACGCACCAGUGUAACUAUGGCUCUGCACCCGACAAGUGCUUUAUACGGCCUUGGCUAUGUUCCUGAGUACGUGGUUUACCACGAGUUGAUCCUGACGGCGAAGGAGUACAUGUCCACCGUGACAGCCGUUGACCCACACUGGCUUGCUGAACUUGGUGGUGUAUUCUACUCGGUCAAAGAGAAGGGCUAUUCCCAGCGAGACCGGCGCGUCACCGAGCUCGAAUUCAAUCGUCGUAUGGAGAUCGAAAGCCAAAUGGCCGUCGAUCGUGAACGCGCCACGGCCGAAAAGCUGCGUGAACAAGAGCGCAGUGACCCCAUUCAUCGUAAAAGGGAGGUCGAGGCUGGGAUGGGAUCAGCCGUUCGUCGUCCUGUUAUCAAGAGACCGGGGAAAAAUUGGUGGCGUGACUGCUUCCUCAUCGUCUCGGGCUGGUGUUGGGAGCAGUAG